AUGGAUGACACAGAUGUCAUUGUCACUUUCCAGACCUUUGUCGGCGUCUUCAGUGACUUCCUGAUCGUCGCCAUCCAUACCAUCCUCUACGAACGCGACAUCUACCCACGCGACUCGUUCCUCUCGGCCAAAAAGUACAACUACAGCGUCCGCCAGUCUCGUCAUCCCAAAGUUUGCCAAUGGAUCACCGAUGCCGUCGCCGCCGUUCAGGCAGAGUUGCUCAAAGGCACUGUUGAUCGUGUAGCUCUCGUCAUCUACUCUGCCCAAGACACGCCCCUCGAACGCUUCGUCUUUGACCUCAGCCGCUUCCCCUUUGUCCCAAAAGAAUACCACUUCACUCCCAUGUCAAGGACCACCGAUGAUGGCGAAACUGUCGCUGUCCUGCCGAGGGUCGACUUGGAGGAACAGAUGCGUGCAACAAUGAGCAGACUAUCGUCCUGCGGCUCCGCACUGAAGCCUUUGCCCGAGAAUUGCACCUUCACCCUCGCCAUCGACCUGCGGGACAAUACAAGCCCCCCAAUUGGCCACCCUCAACCUUGGAUACCUGCCCAGCCUGAUCUGCGUAAUACCAAUCCAGAUGCUGCAAAUAAGAACAGUCGGACUACUCCAAUACGUGCCGUUUCUGCCGGGGACAUGGUCUUUGAGACAUGGAUUGAAGAAGCAAAAGCCAAACUUGACCCUGCUUGA